GUCCUCACGCUGGCGGCAGAUUGGGAUGGGCCCAACAUCCUGGGCAGCGAGGAGUUCCUGAGCCUGAAGGCUGGCGAACAAGUGAAAGUCAAUGAAUUGUCCCCUGGCGGCGCCUUUCUUCACGGCUCGGUGGUCGGCGCUCGCAGCCUGACUCGGUCAGGAUGGUUUGGCGGCCCUGGCUGCGAGGCUGUGAAGUCGGUGUCCAUCGGAGUUCCCCUGGGCAACGGCUCCGAUGAGGAACUGCCCCUGAGGGGAGGAGGCAAGGCCGGCUCAGGCGGCGGCUUCAACGGGCAGUCCGGCUCUCUUCAAGAUGAGGUCGAGGCCUACGUGGAGCGGAACUGCGUGGACGUCCCAGCUGCCACGCGACUCAGGGAGUUGCCACCGGAGCUGCAGGCAGAGCUCAUUAAAUCCGACAUGACGAAGAGCAUCCGCAACCCGUCUGCGGCGUUGCUGAGUCGCAUCAAUCACCUCGUGAAGGAGGCGCAGUUCAACGAGCCUCCACCACAGGUCGUGUCCCGGGCCGAGGUCCCAGUCAUCCGUGGCAGCGCCGGUCUGAGGACUCAGCCUGUCGAGCGAAGCCGCAGCCCGCCACGGAUGAGGCCGAGCGUGGCCAGCCAGGCCCAUACCCCCUAUCAGCCAAGACUGGGAGAGGCGGGCUCCUGGAUGACGCAGCGCGGCGCCAGCUUGGAUGAGGUCGAGAGCUUCAUCUCGAGACACGGCCUCGACCUCUCUGCUGCAGAGACACUGCGAGCCCUGCCCCCAGAGGAACAGGAGACCAUCGUCACAACGGACCUGACCAACGCACGGAACCCCUCUGCGGUGGUGCUCUCGCGCAUCGAGAGAAUUCACAAAGAGGAGGGCCACCGGCAGCAAGUGGAGGAAUACCUGCAUCGGUACAACGUCGACGAGGAAGCCUCGGCCAUGCUCCGAGCCUUACCUGUGGAUCGCCAGCAGGUCAUCAUCGCCAGCGAGAUGACCAACGCGAACAACAGCUCCUCGGAGCUCGGCGGUGCUCAUCUCGCGGAUCCGGGGAAUCGAGGCCUCCUGUUGUACCCGUAA